UAACAAUAAUAAUAAAAGGAUUAGAAAUAAACGAAUAGGUAUAAUGAAAAUAGUAAGAAAAAUAAUUUGCCCUAAAUGUCUCAGAAUUUCUAUAUACAUAUAUUAAAAAAUGUCUAAAUAUAUAUAUUAGUGUUACAUGGAUAUAUGGAUAGACUAUUCAGUCCCAAAUACAUGUCUACUUAUCGUUUUACAAAAGACGAAAAAUAUCCUUCCUGACAAACAUACAUAUACAUAAUUAAACACUAUUAGAUUAUAACAAAACUAUUUUCAUUUGACUAUCUAAUUAAGUUAUCUCUUGAGUCUAUAUCAUUAUUAUUUUUACCUGAAAAUUAAUUCUUUCUUUUUUAAAAAAAAAACGAAAUCUAAACAUCAUCAACAUUAUCGGUUACAACAUCAAUAUCACCGUGAUCAUACACAUUCUAACAUGUCGCAUGAAACACUCUUUAUGUCAACUAAUUUUUUCUAAACAAUAAUGAAAAGAAGCUUAAUGAAAUCAUCUUAUAUUUUCCAUUGAAAAAGCAAAGAAUUGGCAAUUGAAACAUUCAAUUUAUAUAUGUCUUUUAAAAAAAUGACAAUUAAAAUGAAAUUAUAAUGUAUGAUUACAGAUUGUGAAUUUAAUGGUUAUAUUAGCCUAGAAUUGGUAAUAAUAAUAAUAAUAAUAUCUAUCGUAUUUCAUUUGUUUUAACGAAUAGUAAAAAUGAAUAACAUCCGGCUCUAUUAACAUUAAUAAUCACAUAGUAAUUCAGUGAAAACAAUUAAGGUUUUGUGUGGAGAUUUUUAAUCAAUCAAAACCACGCGUUUUCCUUUCAUUCUACACUAUCAAGAAGAAUGUCUCGACUGUCUUUAAAACGUUCACCACCACAUACACCUACUUUAUCUAGUUGUAAUCAAAGUUUACACAAUGUUGAAAUUGGAAAACAUGUUGGUCGUUAUGGUCCUGGUUUUUUAUGGAGUUUAUUUGAAAGCAUGGAAUCAAAUACAAGAGUGAAACGUACAACAUUCAUAUUUGAUAAAAAAAGGUUGGAUCGAAUCAAUAAAAAUCGGCGACAAGAUUUAAUUUUGCAAACAUUACGAAAUGAUUUAAUAAAUUUAAACAAACUGAAGCAUCCACGUUUUAUACAACUAAUACAUGAUAUUGAAGAAACUAAUGAAUAUUUCACUUUUAUAACUGAGCCAGUAAUAGGAAGUUUAGCAGACAUGUACAUAAAUGAUCAGGAUUCGUCGUUUUGUGAAUUAGAGAUCAUAUUUGGAAUAUAUCAGAUUACAGACGCACUAAGAUAUCUUCAUAGUACCCAAGAAUUAAUGCAUUGUAACAUAAAUACGGCGUCAAUCUUGUUGGUUAACAAGAGUAUAUGGAAAUUGGGUGGAUUGAAUUUUCUAGAAAAGAUUGUUGACACCACAAAGAUAACUCCAAAGUUUACUGGAUGUUCAGUAAAAAUACCAGUGUUUGCUCAACCAGAUUUAGAUUUUAUUGCUCCAGAAGCUCAGAUGUAUAAUUCCAUGUCACCCCUUGCCGACAUGUUUUCCUUAGGAAUGGUAGUUUGUGCUAUUCACAAUCAGGGACAUUCUUUGAUUGACUCAGAGCAAAAUCCAAAUGUUUAUGUUAAACAAUUGCCUGAAAUCCCAAAUAAUUUUGAAAAAAUAUGUGAACGACUACCCAGAACUUUACUAGAACCUGUACGUAAAAUGAUCAGUAAGGAUGUUCGUGAAAGACCGACAUCACAGCUUUUUGCUUUAUUAAAGGUAUUUAACGAACCAGUAGUUCUUUCAUACGAAGGUUUACUAACAUUGAAUGAUAAAUCAUUAAAUCAGAAGAAAGAAUUCUUUGGCCGACUCCCUAAAGUUAUACCCUUAUUUGAACCUAAUGUCAGAUAUAAAUAUAUUCUACCACUUAUUUUACAAUGGUUAUAUGAAUCAAACGAAUUAAUUCCCUAUAUUCUACCAUCAUUUUUAACCAUGAUUAAAGUGGCGGAAUCUGAUGAUUAUGACAAAUAUUUAAAAUCCCACUUGCACAAAAUUUUAACAGAAACCAAAUCACUUCAGACAAGUAUGGUAAUUUUGGAUCUUUCAGACUUCUUUAUUAAUCAUAUUAGUCAAGAUGACAUUGGAAAUCUUCUCCUUCCUGAAAUAUUUGUUUGCCUCGAACCGGGUACUCCAAAAUCUUUGGAAACUGUUCAGAAUGCAAUUUCAGUAUUGUCAAACUAUCUUAAUAAUACACAAAUUGUCCAAUCGAUUCUACCACAGCUCAAAGAAAUAUAUAAUCGUAAAACAUCAAACCCCAAGAUUCGCAUUGCAUGUUUAGAAUGCCUAGGAAAACUUUUAAAAAAAUUAACAUUACCUACAUUAUGUGAUGAUGUACUACCAUUUGUUAGCUCAAUUCGAACAAUUGAUCGUGAAUUAGUUCUUGCUGUUGUGGCUUUGAAUCGCCGACUCAUAUCAGAUAGAAACAAUGAAAUUUCGUAUACUUACAUAGCUGGAAUGCUAUUGCCUUCUAUGGUGAACUUUCUGGCAUUAAAAACACUAACUAUAUCUGAUUUCCGAACUGUAAUUAAUUUAACUCGAACAAUGCUAGAUCUCAUAGAUCGACAGCGUUCAGUUGAAUUAAGAUCACAAACUGGAUCGAAAUCAGUUGGCGGGAGCUGUUCUGAUAUGAGUUCGUCAUUUGGUGCACCUCGAAAUCUUCCGUUAAUUGCUAUGCAACGUCCAACAAUAGAUUCUGAAUUAUUAUACGUAGAUAUGGAUGAUUCAAAGCUUUCAAGAUCAAGUUUAGAUUAUCGUCGAAGUUCUGGCAGUGAAGUCACUGGAACUAGUCGGUGGAGCAGAAAUAGCUUGUUAAUUCAACGGUUACAGGCAUCAAAACAUCGGUCAGAAAGCCUGUUGUUCAAUACAAAGCACAGAAACUCCAUUGGUGAUCAUAGAUUUUGGAAUGAAAGUGCAAGUAAUCCAAAUUUUAAUUAUCAUGGACAUUCAAGUACAAAUUCUCGUAUAGGACCAAGUCCAUUUUAUAAUUCAAGUCCAACUUGUGACGAUCUAUAUAAAAUGAGAAGAUAUUCUGGAAAUAUUUUAACUCGAUCAACAGAUAAUCAAGUGAAUGUAUAUGAUAAUUUAGGUUCCUUAAAUGUACCAAGAUACAAUAAUGGUUUUCUUGACCCUAGAAGACAUAGUUAUGGUUUUACACCUAGUACAUCAACUAAAUCUUUAAUUACAGUCAAUGUAUGCGAAGGUCCUUUCGUUACUCCACUCAGUCAUCGUGGUUCAAUACGUCGAAAUUCUGGUUGGAGCUGUGGUCAAUUUUCUACUUCUCAAGUCAUGAAACCCACUGAUGAAGAUAUUCAAAGACGUUGCAGCUUGAAUGCUAUAGGUGAUCUGCUGGUAUCAACAUUCAAGAAAGUUUUGUGAAAUAUUUACUAAAAAGAAGACGCUUUUUAUCAAAAUUAUAAUAUUGUUAUUAUUGUUUUAUUAUCAGAUUUAUAUUUAUGUUCAUUAUUUUGAUGUGUAUUCAACUUCACUUUUAACUUCAUGUUAACAAGUUAUGUAUAAAAAUAAUAAAAGAAAAGAAAACGAUUCAAUGUUCAAUAAUCUUCCAGUGAACUAUCUUUUAUUGUCUAUUUAAUAAAUUGUAAAAAUUUGAAUUCAGUAACUGGGAAGAAAUAAUGUUCCGUAUAACAUAUUUUUGUUUUCUUUAAAAAGUAAGUGAACUUUUUUCAAAUAUUCCUAAACAUUCAAAAAUAAUUCCACU